AUGAAAUUUAGCAAAAGGUUGCAGCAUUAUGUAAAUCAACAAUAUGCUCACCAUUAUUUAGCAUAUAAGGAUUUAAAACGUGCUAUUAAGCUUAUUACUGGUUCUGAUACAUCAAGUUAUACAAUAAAAGAGGUAACUAGCAAUUUUGGUAAUAUUAGAGCAUUGGCAGGUUCAGUAUAUAGACCUGCUGAAAGUCGUUUUAUGGACUUAUUAAAUCAUGAAUUGGAUAAAAUUAAUUCAUUUAGCAAUAUAAUUUAUAAUAGUAUUAAGGAUUCAUUAAAACAAGUUUUAAUUUAUUUUACGAAGCUACAAAAAGAUGAUUUAAGCUCUGUUAGUAGUGCUAGAGAUUCAGAACAAUCUAGGAUAGACUCUGGGGUAGAAGUAAGUAAAUACUUUAAUAAAAGUAAGUUACUUGAAGAUUCAAUACGUUCAUUAAUUGCUCAGCUUGAAAAAGCAAAUGAAGAUAUUAUUUUUUUGGAUAGCUAUCAACAAUUAAAUUAUACUGGGUUUCGUAAAAUAACAAAGAAAUAUGACAAAAUAAAUAAAUCAUCAUCUUCAGCAUGGUAUAUGGCAAGGUUAGCUAAGGAACCUUUCAUGAACUUAAAUGUCGAUGCUUUAUUACAGGACUUAUCAAAGUGCUAUGUGUAUUUGAAUGAAUUAAAGACAAAAAAUUUUAAUUUUCCAGACGACUUUGUUUCACAUAGUAGUACAAGUAGUGUAACCUCACAAUUAUUUCAAGAAAGUUUAGAAUCAAGUAUUAUUAAUUCGAAUUCUACAGCUUCUGUUGUAGGGUCUUAUGAAUUUCAUGCAAAACAUUUGAUACAAGCAGAAGAUAUUAUGAAAGUAAAAGUCUUAGCAAUAAAGAAAGUACCACUAUUUUCAAUAGGAUUACUAAAAGUAGAUGAUGAUUCAAUAUCACAAAUAUCUUCUCCAGCAUCUAAGACAUCUCACUUCACAUCAUCAAUUUCCCUUCAAACAACAACAGUAUCUUUUGUAUACUUUGAUAAUGAUGAAUUCGAAGAAUAUAACAGUUUACGUAAUUCUUUAAAACAAAAUAUAUCGAUUUCUGGGGAAAGUAAUAUCAAUAAGGACUAUAUACCUCCUUUAGUAGGUUCUGAAACUCCACGUGGUUUUAAAGGAAAUAUAUUUAGAUUACGUUGGUUUGGAGAAAAUGAUGGAAAUCCUGACCAAUGGCUAUAUUUAGAUUGGGUACAUCCAACUGAACCUUGCUGUGGUAGUGUUGAGUGGUGUGAUCCUGAACUUGUAUGUAAUAUUAGAGAAGGGAGUAUAGAUAAAAGCAAUUUUAAAGUCCCAAUUCAGUCAUAUUGUUCACCAAGAACAUUUAAAUUUGAACAAGAUACUAAUCCAUUUUGCUGUGCCACAGUCUCUAUGCAACAAAAAGAUAUUUAUCAUAUUCUUUCAUCUUGUGGUUUAAUUGAAAAAGAAAGUAGAAACCCAAUUCUUGCAAUUCCAUUUGAUGUGGAAUUCUAUAUAGAACAAAAUAGUAAUCGCUUAACUGAAUUACAAAAAUAUAUGAUAAAAAGUUUUGUUAAUACUGUUAAAGCAAAGAAAUUGAAACCAAGCUGUCAUUUAUGGUUCCAUAGAACAACUUUAGCUAGCUCAGAUAAAACAAUUUGUAUUCAUAUUGACACAAACUGGAGGUUAAUUCCAGAAAUGAAAAAUAAAAUUUGCCCUAAAAAUCCUGAUUGUCUGAGUGUAACGGGUAGCUAUAUUUCUGAAACUAUUCAGUCACCAUCAGCUAGAGAUAUGACUAAAAUACGAAAUUCUGAGUUAGGUAUUUCAACUAUAGCCGACACUCGGCUUUCAAUUUUAUAUAAUACAUAUAUUGUAAGCCCACCUACGGAAGCUUUAGUAUCUGAAAAUAUGAAGAUGGUACCUUUCGGCAUAAUGGGAAUAAGUAUUUGUUUGAAUUCAGGAUCUUUCAGACCUCACCCGAGGGAUUUCCUUAAAGAAGUUGUUGGAUUAGCAUCGGUCUCAGAAGUAGUAGGAUUUACAAAUUUCGAGACAUGUACAGCACUACUGUAUGCACACCUUAUAAAUGAUUUACCACACUGGUUUCGAUUUAUGGCUAAAGAGACUGGAGGACAGCUAUUAAGUACUCCUAAGAGAGAAGUAGAUACGAAAGUACGCCUAUCAUUGGAUAGCUCAAAUUUACAAAUAAAUGAGAAGUUAAAUACCACUAGUAAUACAAAACUCCAGAAAUUUCCGAAAGUAGAUGUUUUGCAUACAGGAGCAAGUGCUAGAUUAAUACAUGAUCAAGAAGCUAUAGCGCAGAGAGAAGCAUUAGCUAUGACGAAUGAACUGCAAUUGUAUUCUACCCCUAGACACUCUCAAGAUACAAUUGGAAUUUCAGUCGCACCGACACUUAAUAAGCAUUUAAUCCAAGGUCAAGAACAGCUAAGUGAGUCAUUACUAGGCUCUAGAAGAUGGGAAGUAUCUCAAAUAACUGUACCAGAACAACAAAGAAUAUCUCUACAUAGGUUUAUUGGGAAUAUUAAAAACUCAGUCAACAAUUUAGUUAAAUAUAUUUCAGUAUGUUUAUAUAGAAAUAAUAGGCCAAGGGAAAUUAGCAAUUCUGAAGAUCAAAUUGGUAAAAAAGGUGCAAUUUCAACUACAGUAAGGGUAGAACCAAAAACUUUUUUUGCAAAUGAAAGAACUUUAUUACAGUGGAUGAAUAUGUCAGUUUUAUUGGGAACAAUGGCUGUAUCAUUAUUGACAUUUGGAACUCCCAUUAGUCAUAUAUGUGGUAUUAUAUUAGCACCAGUCGCUAUAUUUUUUAUUGGAUACUCAUACCAUGUAUUUAUUGUCAGAAGUGCUGCACUGGAAAAAAAAGAACCAAUUAAUUACAAUGAUCGCCUCGGUCCAACACUAUUAGUAUUAUCUUUGGUCACAUCACUUAGUAUAAUACUAUUUCUUAAUAUAGCUAUUGAUACAAAUGGACCAGUUUCUCAUAAAACAAUGGAAUCCCCAAGUAUAGAAAUUAAGCACCACUUAGAACCUUAUCAAUUAUCAAUGUAA